CUCCGACUGUCUAUCACAACUCUUGAUCCGAAUUAAUUUAGUUAAAAGUUGAUGAAACUAACAUAAAUCUAUUUUAUAAACACCACGUCACCCCCGAGUCCUAUUUUCUGCAUCUAUACAGCGAAAAAUCACCCGUAAAUAAUGUCUUUAGAAGAAGAUAUCCACGAGGAAUUUAGGGGCGGUUCUCUGAGAUUCAACAAGAGCGGAGAGCAACAGCCUGUCCCAUCCUCCUCAGGUUUAAGGGAAAGUUAUCGGGAAAAUAAAGGGGGUAUAAGCAAAACUGAUAGCACAGCUAGCAACAGUAGCUGCUAUUGGAGUGGAUUGCCUUUACCGUUAUCAUCCCUUUCAACGAAAAUAACUGAGACCUUGUGGAGCGCAAAACCGAAGGAUCCGUCGCCCGUACUAGAGAAGCAGGCACCUAUCCACCAUCAGCCGCCAACACCACCUCCAAGAAUCCCUGAACAAGACGCAAAUAGUUUCUUCACUUACCGCGAUGGUGUUGCUGAACGUGCUGCCUUGGAAUGCGCUGCUGAAUUUCUUGAUAUGGAACACGAGGGGCCGGUUAUCCAGUAUUUUCUUCUUACUCAGAUAAACCACUGGGAUACUGAUAAGGAGCGCCUAAUACUUCUCACCCCGAAAAUCCUUUUGGUGGUAAAAUACGACUUUAUAGCUCUGAAACGGCUCAGCUACAAAAAGCUACCAUUGGAGGACAUCGAAGCGGUUAUAAUUGGUGAUUUAAUUUAUCCAAACGGCUCUUUAAUUCCAAAAAUAAACGGAUUGGCUGACGGGAUAUCGAAUAUGUGGGAAAAUUGCUUCUUUAAGCCAUCAUCAUCAAGUGACAAUCAGCAAUCUCAAUCAUUUUCAUCUCCCACUAGAGACCGAAACAUGAAAGGAAUUCGGAUUUUAUUCGCAAAAGGGAAGCCUAUUAAAUUUUCAUCGAAAUGGAACCCCUUUACCGUUGAUCUACCCAUAUGGACAUUCACAUAUCAUCCACUAUAUUUUCACAAAGAUUGUUCCGAUGAAAACCAAAGGCGCAUCUACGACUUAGAUAACUUCAACGACUACUUCUGCAAGACAAUCAUGGAACUUGGCAAAAACUAUGAAUCACGAAUUUUACAUUCGAACGUUCUCCUGGAAAACUAUGUGGGAUUCGGCGCAAUAAUACACAACCGUAACGAUUUAGGAUUUUUCAAAGUAAGAGGCAAGUUUAGUUUCUGAAAGAGUUACCUCCCUGACUAUAUGUGAUAUUUAUUUGGUCAAUUAUUAUAUGUGUACCUAUUGUAUGUAACUUAAAUAUAUAUAUAAAUAUAUGUAUUUCAUAGAUUCCUAUAUACCUGAUGGUGUGCUGGUUGUUUUUGUCAGAAAUAUUUUUAUUUAGGAGCAAAGUAAUAAAUUUUGUGGUCUAAGCAAGUACUUUCGUCAAGGCACCUUAGCUUUAAGUAAUAAUGAUUUUGUGAAUGUAGAAUUUAAAAUUGUGGAAAGUGUAUGUAUGAUCUAGUAUUCACUUAGAAAUUAGUAUAGUGCAAAGCUUGCUUAGGCGAUGGUUAUAAACCUAGAAAAUAUGUUGUAGAUUAGAAAUCUUACCCUCAGAUUAGGCUGAAAAUGUUUGGUUAUACGUUUGCCUAAUAAAAAUGUUGGGAUAUCUUAUAGGUUUCCCAUUGGCCUUCAAGGAAAGGUUACAACGACGAAAAACAUUUUAUUACCUACAGUGUUUAAGGUUAUAAAAUUUUUUAUAAUAACAAGGUAGUUCUGACAAAAAUAAUCAGCUAAUUAUACACUAAUAAGUUCCAUAUUUUUUAUACUUACGUGAUUACAGAAUACGAAAAUGUAACCUGAAAUUCUUAUGUACAUGUUCCAGCCAGUCAAUCAUAUUUUACUGUAAUUCAUUUACUAUAUAAUCAUGUAUAUACAAAAUUACCUUAAUGUCCGUACAUAUCUUUCAUUAAACUACUUGUACCGUGCUAAAAAAUAAUGCGAAAUAUAGCCUUUAAUGUUUUAAAAUACUGAAAUGAUUUUCAAGUAUCACCCUCAGGAAUGGAUUAAUUCCUCAAAGAACAUUGGAUAUUAUAUGUAUCUGCGUUGUUUAGACGAGGAAAUAUACAGGGUGUUAAAAG